GCUGAUGCCUUCUCUGGCUGGCAGCGUGUCACUGGUACUGGGCUCUAGAAUGCUGGAGGAAUAGCUGCAUCUGGGAACAUUGUAUCCAAGAAUCGAGGAGAAGCUGGAAGCAACAGUGCUUUCAACCUGGAUAUGGGCUGAGAUCUCUCACUGUCAAACAUCUGAAUACCUCACAUCUAGGGCGUAGACUUGAGUAGACAAAGAGGCAGCCUAUCAGGCUUACAAGGGAUGAGGAAGAUCUGACGGUAGAAACACAGGAGUGGCUUAAGAGGUUCACCACAAUUAGCACUAUGACUGAUGGGGAUUAUGAUUAUCUGAUUAAGCUCCUGGCUCUCGGAGAUUCUGGAGUUGGAAAGACUACAUUCCUUUACAGAUAUACUGACAACAAAUUCAACCCCAAAUUUAUCACUACAGUUGGAAUAGAUUUUCGGGAAAAAAGAGUGGUAUACAAUAAUGCUGUCCCUGGUGGAACACAUGGGAAAACCUUCAAGGUACAUUUGCAGCUAUGGGACACGGCCGGUCAGGAAAGGUUUCGAAGUCUCACUACAGCAUUUUUCAGAGACGCCAUGGGCUUUUUAUUAAUGUUUGACCUCACUAGCCAACAAAGUUUUCUGAAUGUCCGAAACUGGAUGAGUCAGCUUCAAGCAAAUGCCUACUGUGAGAGCCCGGACAUCGUUUUAAUUGGUAACAAGGCUGACUUAUCAGAUCAACGGGAGGUUAAUGAAAGACAAGCGAAAGAGCUUGCAGAUAAAUAUGGAAUCCCAUACUUUGAAACAAGUGCAGCUACUGGACAGAAUGUGGAGAAGUCAGUAGAUGUGCUUCUUGACUUGAUAAUGAAGAGAAUGGAACAAUGUGUGGACAAGACCCAAAUACCAGAUGCCGUUAAUGGAGGAAAUUCUGGGAAAUUAGAAGAAGGAAAACCAGAAGGAAAGAAAUGUGCCUGUUAAAAAAAACAAAAAACAAAACAGAAAUAUAUAUAUAUAUAUAUAGACUCUGAAUAUCUUGAAACUGAAGUUUAUCAUGGCUGACAAACCACUACAUUGGGCAGUUUAUUCUCGCCGGUCAUUAUUAUUUUAUUAAAAAAUAGUGCUAUAAAUUCCUCCUGGAUCUCAUUGUUUCUAGCUGAUUUAUGGAACAUCUCUUGUGAAGAACGUGUUAAAUAUACAUAUUAAUAUAUGCAGCAGGAAUGAUUAAAAAAAAAAGAAAAAGUUAUAGAAAAAAAGCUGGUUAUUGUUGUCUAAAAAAAAAUAAUGCAUAUAUUUUAUUCUGAAUCAUCUUUCUGUAAUUUCUAGGUCAGUUUUGGUAUAAAAGUCAUUGCAAUUUUAAUUUCAGGCACGUAUCUAGAAUAGAAAAGUUUGGCUUUUUGUUUCGUCCCCACUGUAUAUUGUGUUAUAUCUACCUUGUGCUGUUUACAUUUCAGGAAGCACCUGACAUUUACUUGGACUUAAACAAAAUGUAGCUGUCUACCAAACAUUUGUGAAUGAUUUACAAAAAAAAUGUUAAAUGUAAAAUGCUUAAAGUGUCUGUAUUGCCAAUGAAAAAAAAUCUUGCAGGGAUUAAUUUAAGCCUCAGUUUUUGUGCUGAUAACUGGGUGUUUAGCUCUUCAAAUUCCAGAAUGAGUAUGUUCUUCUAUCUCCUGAUACUAUAUGAGUGAAAGAUCUGAAGGGCAUGUUUUGGAAACUUCGCGAAGGGUUUAAUACAUAUUUUUUUAGGCGAACGAAAGGUCUGUCGGCCAUGUCUCCUGUAAAUGUUAAAGAAGAUAUUGCUUGCAAUGGAUGAAAAAUGUAUAUCCGUCUCUCAGUCUACUGCUGAUAUAUUUUUUAUAAAUGUAGUUUUAAAUAGGAAUCAGUGGGCUAGUUUUUUGAAGUAUUUGACAAUUGCAUAUUUUAUUAACAAAAAGACCAUAAUACUGAUUUAUUUAAAUAGUCAAUCAAUCAUAUGAUCACGUAGGAUUUCACUAAACCAAAAGUUGGGAACAAUUAUUAAGAGAAUUGCAAAUUUUACAUUAAGAUAGCUCAAAUGCAAAAAUUCUAUGGCUUAGCCAUCUUUCCUGUAAGUUUAUUUUGGUUUAAAUUGUGCAUUUCCCUAUUCAAUUAAGGACAUGUCUCAAUUUAAUGCACAAACACCAAGGCGGUUUUUAAAAAUAAAUAAACAUCUAAUGUUCCUGAA